AUGCAGCCUGUAGAACCUUUGUUGACUGAAAAAAGUAAUGUCCCCAAGUUUCCAAGUGUUAGUUUUAAUGCAGAUGUUUUGUCACCUAUAUUAUCAGACCAUACCUAUUCAAUGAGUUUACCACUACCUAAUAAAUGUACUUCAUGUGAAUACAAAUCUUCACUUAUCACCUCUUACGUGAGUAAAGUAAAUAGCCUUACUAAUCAAUUAAAAAAAUUAAAAAUAAAACAAACAGUCAAGUCUAAACAAAAAUUCUCUUGGAGAUUAGUUAACAAUGAUAAGAAAAUGAACUUUUAUACUAGUAUAUCUUCCAUAGCUAUUUUUAACGUUAUUUUUGGUUUAUUAAAACCAUUUUUACCCUCAAUUCGUUAUUGGAGAGGCCCAAAACAUUCACAUAGCAAAGUUAAGCAACUCAAAUCUGUAUCUAAAUGUAAACUGUUAUCACACAGAGAAGAACUUUUAAUGACACUUAUGCGGUUGCGCUUAGGUUUAUUAAAUGAAGAUAUGGCUGAUCGUUUUGGUAUUUCAAAAUCUUUGUGUUCUAAUACUUUUACAACUUUUAUUAGAAUUAUUGCUAAUAUUCUUGGACAAGCUAUUAUUGUUUGGCUGCCAAGUGAAGUCAUAAAAAAAAACUUGCCACAGUCUUUUGUGAAAGCAAAGCAUCACAAGUGUAGAGUGAUUCUUGAUUGUUUUGAAAUAUUUAUUGAACGUCCAAAGUCCCUUUACAACCAAGCAGUGACUUGGUCUGAUUAUAAGCAUCACAACACUGUGAAAGUAUUAAUUGGUAUAGCACCAAAUGGAUACAUAACGUUUCUAUCCAAAUGUUACGGUGGCAGAGCAUCAGAUAAAUUUAUUACAAGUGACAGUGGUUUUUAUGAUCUGUUGGAAAGAGACGAUGAGGUGAUGGCAGACAGAGGAUUUCAAAUAAGAGAAGAACUAUUAUUUCGUUAUUGCAGCUUAUCAGUCCCACCAGGUGCAAGAGUAAAAAGUCAAAUGACUGCAAGUGAAUGUAAGAAGACUACUGAUGUUGCUAACUUAAGAAUUUACAUAGAAAGGGCUAUAAACAGAAUAAAAACUUUUCGAAUAUUAAAAAAUGUAUUACCUAUUUCAAUGCUUCAUCAUAUGGAUGAUAUUAUUUUAUCGUGUGCAGCUUUGUGCAAUUUAAAGCCUGCUUUAAUAAAAAAAAUUGUUUAA